AUGGCAUCAAGCUGUGUAACGCCGUCAUCGAGCCCAAAAGCAUUGUGUAACGAGUGCUUGGGCAUCGUUUUUGAUGACGCCGAGGGAGAUGUUCGUGAUGCUGCGCACUGGGAGAGAAAGGAUAGCUACCCAAAUCUUCCACUUUUCCGUAACUCGGCUGCAGCGGGUUGUUCUUUCUGCGAAUAUCUUUGCUUUGUACUCGAUGAGAAGCUCCCAAAACCGCUUCAAAAUGCAUUGCAAGAGUCUACGACAAAAGAUGUGGUAGCUAAGCUAUCCUCGCCUGCUUACGUGAUGCGUUCCGACAUCAUCGACGUCACACGCGAUUGGAUGCCCGAUGAUUACGGUAUCGAACAAGACGGGAUUUACUGGCUUGAUUUCAGGUUUGAGUCUGAGGCUUGGCGUAAAGGACCGUGGUCCGAGGGGUGGAAAGUGCGGGCUAUUGCGUAUCAAGGAGAAGAUGAAGACGUUGCAAGUGCCCUCGGUAUUGAGUUGAAACUCCCCAUCACGAAUGCUCUCGCUCCGUCUUGCAUGAAACGCCUCAAGGAGUGGGUUUGGGGCUGCGCGAGCAACCAUCCGGAAUGUUGCUCUCCAGGGCCAAGAAGCCUCCCGACUCGGCUGAUUAAAGUGGGAAAGAUGAGCGACGGAAUAGCUCGCUUGGUCAUGAGUGACAAACUCCCUCCAACGACAUCGUACAUUGCUCUGAGCUACUGCUGGGGCCCUCCAUCCGCCAGUAAAUCACAGCUCAUCACCACAGCGGCCACUCUGGCAGACCGCCAGACGAAGAUCCCACUUCCCGAGAUGCCGGAUACAAUCAGAGAUGCAGUCGUAUUUGCGCGUCAUAUGGGGAUCAAGUACAUCUGGAUCGAUGCUCUAUGCAUUAUCCAAGACGACGCCGAAGACUGGGCCAGGGAGGCCGCGCUCAUGUUCGCUGUAUAUCGGCAUGCUACCCUCACACUGGUAGCAGCCGCAGGCGAUACCUCUCACUCGGGUUUCCUUAAAAGAAGUAGUCCCGGGCCGUCGGUCCUCGUCCCGUUUAAGUCUAAAAAGGGACAGGGUAGGGUGUCGGGCACGUACGUCCUGUCAGCUCUCAACGAACACCGGACUUGGGAUGCCGACUAUCCAAGCCACAUGCAUACCCGAGCAUGGGCUACGCGGGCUUGGACAUACCAAGAAGAUCUCAUGUCUACUCGAGUAUUGUACUUUGACAAUCAUACGUCUUACUUUCGUUGUCAAACGGAACGACGUCUCGAACAUAGCAGCAAGGUAUACGACAACGUCCAAAGCUGGCAUCAUCUGCUCUCACCAGCGCCUGAAGAUAUACCUUACGAUGAGGUGAAAGAGAGAAGGGAAAGCCUCUAUGAGAGAUGGAAAGAUCUAAUAAUUGAGUAUACCAGACGAAAGCUGACGGUUUCCAAUGACAAGUUUUCAGCUUUGUCUGGAUUAGCCCGUACUUUCAGCUCAGCGCUUGAAGACGAAUAUGUAGCUGGACUUUGGAAAAAUGAUUUGGUACGUGGAAUGCUUUGGAACACUGUCAUGCAGCCUUCGAAACCGAAAGCGUGGAGGGCGCCAUCCUGGAGCUGGGCAUCUAGUGACGCAGAAAUCGCAUGGGAUUUGCGAUUCUCACUACCGCUCAUUCAGAAGUGCAGUAUUGAGAAUAUCCACAUCGAAACCGCAGGCUCAGAUCCGUUUGGAAGACUUGAGAGCGCUUGGAUCGAGCUCUGCGCUGUCUGUGUUCCAGUGGUUUUGCGACCGGUACAGCAGGCCGAGAGUGAUCAGGACACAUACCUUGCAGAGGUCCUCUUCUAUGAAGGUGGGAAGAUCAUGGCCCACGGAUCUCUUGAUGCUGUAGCACCCUCGGGGUUAAGGAAUGAUGGUACUUUCAAGCUGGCUGAUUUUGGACAAGCUGAUGAGAUUGCCGACGUAUCUGCGGUCGUUCUCGCGUCGCGCUGCGUCAUCUUUGGUCUAGAUAGGAGCUCAGGCGAGAGAAAGUUUUCAUCACCAUCAUUCCCAACUGGGCUUUUGGUGAAGAGCAGUCCAGAGCAAGGAGAGAAUGUUUCAUCACUCCCAAUCUACAAACGACUCGGGACCUUCAGAACGGAGACAGAGGAGCAGACGGAAGCGUGGCUGACGCUAACUCAGUCUCGCCUGAAACUGAUAUGA